AUGACAGUGGUAAAUAAUAACGAAAAGAAUAAUAUAGAAUUUUCGCUUGUUUCAGUUUUUGAACUCAAACUUGAUGAUUUCCAAAGUUACAAAAAUUCAAUUGAGUCAAAAUUUCCAAAAUUUGACAAGACUAUUGUUCAAUAUCCCAAAUUUCUCCCUACUACUGCUGAAGCUUUAACUCAUUUAAAAUUAUUAAAAGCUUUUUCAGUUAUGAAAAAUAAAGUCAUUGGAGAUGAAAAUAAUACCGAUUAUUAUCAAAUCAAUCAAUGGAAAUCAUUUAUCACGGUUGCUGUAAGAAGAUUCAUUAUAUUUGUAUCAGCAUUGAAAGCUUUAUAUAUUAAUGAAUUUGGUGAUGCAAAUAAUAAAUCGUUUGAAGAUUUAAAUAAAACAAAAGGUUUUGAAAAUAUUAUGGCAAAUUUAUUACCCCCAUUGGAUGUAAUAAUGGUUUGGCAUGCAUUUUUAUUAAAUCCAAAAUCAUUUUUCGAUACAUUUUCUAGAAAUUCAUUUAUUGAUUUUGCUAAAUAUCCUUUACCAUUAGACAGAAUUUAUUCUUGUAUUAAUAAUGAAACUUUUGAAUUUAGUGUUCCCGAAUCAUAUGAAAAAAACUAUAUUAAUGUUUUGAAAAAAUUUAUUAACAAUAAUGAUACAGAUUUUAUUUAUGAAAUCAAAAAUUUUUCAAUGUAUCAACAUUUGGUUAUUAUCAAUUGUCCAAAUUGCAAAAAUACUAUAUCUGAUCCUAUUCCAUUAGUUACUGAUUCAUGUACAGGAUUUGCUGAUUCGGAAUUUAUUACUAAAAAAAAAUAUCAACAAGGUUAUUGUUUUGAUUCUUCACAUUGUUAUUGUUCUAAAAUUGAAGAUCUUACCCAUGAACAAUUAAGAAAACUUCAAUUGUUUUGUGAUAUAAAUUCUUCUAAAUCAUUACCAGGUAUAGAAAAGUAUUUAUCCAAUACUUUGACCAAUCCAAAGUUUGCAAAAAGAAAUACAAUAUCAAUUAAUCAAAUAAUAAAACUUGGAGUUCAAAAAUCUUGGGAAUAUGCGGAUAGUUCAAUUUCUGACAUAAUCACAAGGGCCGCCAUAGACAAUGGUAGAUCUGGAAGGAUUAUCAAAGUUAUUCUUCGUGAAUAUCUUCAAUUCAAUCUUAUUCAUUUGACUGUACCCAAUGCCAUUUCAAUUGGUGAAGAUCUUGUUGGUUGUGUAUUACGGCAAGAAUCUUUUGUUAAAAAGAUGAAUGCAAUUAAUUGGUUGGGUUCAUCCACUGUCUUGGAAAAUUUGAAUACAGCACGAGUUAGAUAUCAAAGGUUUUUCCUGAUGUUGACUGAUGCAAAAUUGAAAAAAAUGUUGGUCCCAACUUUAGAUAUCGAUUUGAUAUGGCAUACUCAUCAAUUAUGGAUGUAUGGUUAUUUCCAUGAUUGUUUAAAUUCACCAUGUCAUUCCGCAAUUGAUCAUGAUGACAAAGUAGAUGAAGGGAAACUUGAUGAUGGGUUUGAAUUUACUUCUAAAAUUUACAAAAGAAAAUAUAAAGAAGAUUAUUCAAUUUGUUAUUGUCAAUAUUGUUCUGAAAUCCGAGUUACUAAAAUGGAAAAGGUUAUGAAAUUAUUUAAAUCAAAGAAAUCUGGAGAUAAUCCAAUAGGAAUCAAGGAGGAAACAACUUCUAAUGUAAAAUUAUUGACAUUAGAGAAUCCAUCACAUAUUAGUACACACAAUUCUAUUCAAUUACCAACAAAAAAGGCGGAAAAACGGAGAUCGAAAAAUCCAGUACCAUGGAGGAAUACUGGUAGUGAUGCUGGUUUUUUUGUUGUUCCACCGGUAACUCCAGUGCCCAUUGACGAUUCAAAAUUUUACGGAGAUGGGUUAUGCUGUUCUGUGGCUGCUUCAUGCGCAACAACAAAUGGUACUUGUUGUCAAAUUUCUGGCGGUGCAUGUGGUGGUGGAAGUACUGGGUGUGGGGGUGGUGGUUGUGGUGGUGGCGGUGGCGGUGGAUGUGGAGGAGGAGGUUGUGGAGGUGGUGGUGGUGGUUGUUAA